AGCAGAGCGAAGGUACAGGUAAAGCACCAAGCAGCAAGUCUGUGGAUCAGUCAUGGGCAUCAGAAGUUGAGAGACAGCUCUCCAUGCAGGUCCACGCCCUCCGAGAAGACUUUCGGGAGAAAAACUCGUCAACCAGCCAGCACAUCAUCCGGCUCGAGAGCCUUCAGGCCGAGCAGGUUCUUGAAAUCAAGAUGCUGUCAGAUCGGAAACGGGAGCUGGAGCAUCGCCUCAGCGCCACCUUAGAAGAAAAUGACCUGCUCCAAGGGACUGUGGAGGAGCUGCAGGACCGGGUGCUGAUCCUGGAGAAGCAGGGUCAUGACAAAGACCUACAGCUGCACCAAAGCCAGCUGGAGCUCCAGGAGGUGCGGCUCUCCUACCGACAGCUGCAGGUGAAGGUGGAGGAACUCACCGAGGAGAGGAGCCUGCAGAGCUCUGCUGCCACCAGCACAUCCCUUCUGUCUGAGAUCGAGCAGAGCAUGGAGGCAGAGGAGCUGGAGCAAGAGAGAGAGCAGCUGAGAUUGCAGCUCUGGGAAGCCUACUGCCAGGUUCGCUAUCUCUGCUCACACCUUCGAGGAAAUGACAGUGCAGACUCGGCCGUCUCCACGGACUCUUCAAUGGACGAGUCUUCGGAAACUUCGUCUGCCAAGGAUGUGCCGGCCGGCAGCUUACGCACUGCCCUCAAUGAGCUCAAGAGGCUGAUACAGAGCAUUGUGGAUGGCAUGGAGCCCACGAGCUCCCGGAGAAUUGAUGAUGACUCCUUAGAAGAACAGAUAAGGCAGACCAGUGAGGACUCGAGAGCCCUAAGGGAACUCAUGGAGGGAGAGAGGGGUAAACUGAGGCAAAGCCUAGAAGAGCUGCAGCAACUCCACAGUCAGGUGACACUGCUGAGUGUGGAGAUGACUGCAUUGAAAGAGGAGAGAGACCGACUCAGAGUGACAUCUGAGGACAGGGAGCCAAAGGAGCAACUUCAGAAGGCCAUCCGGGACCGAGAUGAGGCCAUUGCAAAGAAGAACGCUGUGGAGCUGGAACUUGCCAAGUGCAGGAUGGACAUGAUGUCUCUGAACAGCCAGUUGCUGGACGCCAUUCAGCAGAAGCUGAACCUCUCGCAGCAGCUUGAGGCUUGGCAGGAUGACAUGCACAGGGUCAUUGACCGGCAGCUGAUGGACACACACCUGAAGGAACGGAGCCGGCCUGCUGCUGCCUUCUCCAGGGGCCAUGGCGCAGGGCGUGGGGACGAGCCCAGCACCACCGAAGGCAGACGGCUCUUCUCAUUCUUCAGGAAAAUUUAAGUUGGGAGGAGUCGGGCCACUGAGGAUGAGUGGACUGGAGGUGGCUGAAAAGGUGGUGUGGGCAAGGGUCUUCCCUGCAGCCUGGAGCCCAGCAGCUAAUCCUUUGCCCAUAGUGCCCCAUGGGGACCGAGACCAGGAGGUGGGGCCUGCCUUGGCCUCUGAAAGCUGCCCUCACCCCACCACCUGCUGAGUCCACACCUGGGUCUCUCCAGGAUGCCAUGUGGAGCAGGGCUCAGGCUGUCUCCCAGAGAGGCUCUUGGUUGGGAUCUGCUGCUCAGAUCCAGUGGAUCACAGCCCGCCCUGCAGGCUCUGCUGCCUCCACUUCAGAACAUGGGAUGCAGAAGAAACGAAGGCCUUUCUCUGCAUGUCGCAGGAGGCCUGAGCCUUGGAGCCCUAGUCCUGCAGGGCAGCAGGUCCAGGCCUGAGCCUCCACUCCUGCCCCAGCCCCUCGCCCACGUGCAUGCAUGCACCUCUGCCCGAGCACCUCUGCAGGAGGAAGCCCAGCCUGGGCCAUAAAGCCUAAGAGCUGGGCCGCUGAGCCUCAGGGAGGAAGAAAGGCCCCUGCCCUCCCCCUGCAGCCUCCUGCAGUGCAGCCCUCUCCCCUUGGCAGGGGCCAGGCCUGGGAGGGGCCUUUUCUUCCGGCAGCCCCUGACCCCCCACAUACACAACUUGGCCCAGCCAAGGAAGCCCAGGCCACAGUAGCCCAAGGAGUCUGGUCAGCCAUGUGCACCUCAAGGGCACCCUUGGCACCACAGGGCAGGUGGGGUAGGGGUGGGGAGGCUGUGGGAGCCUGGAUGCUGCCCCCCAGCUGCAGAAGGCCGGGCCUGCGCCUGCUGCUGCUCCUUCCUCAGCACCACUCACCUCUGCUGAGGCCCCUGCCGGCCAGCCCACAGCUGCUUCCAGCUGAUCCCGUCGCCCGUCGCCCUUCCUCCCUCGGGAAAAGCACAGCAGGGAUGAGCGGAAAGAAUGUACCUAUAGAUAUGUACAUACCACAGUGCUGUAAUUUUGUAUGUAGCAAUCAUGUAAAUACAUGUAUGGAUUUUAUAAUAUACAUAUAUAUAAAUCUAUAAAGGCAUAUUUUUAGAAAAACAGCGCACCACUGCUUCUUUUGAAAAUAGUCUGAAUAAGAAUAAAAUGAAUUUCUACACA